AUGGCGGAGCGCGGACAGCAGCCUCCUCCAGCGAAACGGCUCUGCUGCCGGCCCGGAGGCGGUGGAGGCGGGGGUAGCAGCGGUGGCGGCGGCAGCAGCGGCGGCGGCGGCGGGGGCAGCGGCUACAACUCCUCCUGCCGGCCGGGCCAGCGGGCGGGCGGCGCGGUGGUGUGUGGGGGCGGCUCAGCGCUGGGGUUGCUACCUCUCGGGAAGACCCAGAGCCCGGAGUCGCUGCUGGACAUCGCGGCUCGGAAGGUGGCCGAGAAGUGGCCGUUCCAGCGGGUGGAGGAGCGCUUCGAGCGGAUCCCGGAGCCCGUGCAGCGCCGGAUCGUCUACUGGUCUUUUCCUCGUAGCGAGCGGGAGAUCUGCAUGUACUCGUCCUUCAACACCGGGGGCGGCGCCGGGGCGGCGGCGGCGGCGGCGGCGGCGGCGUCGUCUCCUCGUCCUCAUCGUCCAACUCCUCCGCCCGCCGCCGCCGCCGCCGCUGCCGCCGCCGCAGCCGCAGCCGGGGCGGCCGUGGGGGCCGGUGGGGGAACAGGGCAGGCCAAUAGUGGCUGUGGGGUGGGGGAAGCUUCUGAUUAUGAAAAAGGCCUGAGUCUACUAGACUGACCAUUGGUUGAAUCUUUACUGCAAAUGGGUUUCCACUUGAGUGGCACAGUGACAGAACCUGCAAUGCAAUCGGAGCCAGAAACUGUUUGCAACGUAGCUAUCAGCUUUGAUCGUUGCAAGAUUACCUCAGUGACCUGUAGCUGUGGAAACAAGGACAUAUUUUACUGUGCCCACGUUGUGGCACUUUCUUUAUAUCGCAUCCGCAAGCCAGAUCAGGUCAAACUGCAUCUUCCCAUUUCAGAGACUCUCUUUCAAAUGAACAGAGACCAACUACAAAAAUUUGUACAGUAUUUGAUCACAGUGCACCAUACAGAGGUUUUGCCAACUGCUCAAAAAUUAGCAGAUGAAAUUCUUUCCCAGAAUUCAGAAAUCAACCAAGUCCAUGGUGCUCCUGAUCCAACAGCAGGUGCUAGUAUAGAUGAUGAAAACUGCUGGCACUUAGAUGAAGAACAGGUUCAAGAACAAGUUAAACUCUUCCUUUCCCAGGGCGGGUACCAUGGAUCAGGGAAACAACUUAACUUGCUCUUUGCAAAGGUGAGAGAGAUGUUGAAGAUGAGGGACUCGAAUGGCGCUCGAAUGUUGACAUUGAUAACAGAGCAGUUCAUGGCUGACCCCCGUCUCUCACUUUGGAGGCAACAAGGCACUGCAAUGACUGACAAGUAUAGGCAGCUCUGGGACGAACUUGGAGCUCUGUGGAUGUGUAUAGUCUUAAAUCCCCACUGCAAGUUGGAACAGAAGGCCAGUUGGCUAAAACAGCUGAAAAAAUGGAACAGUGUUGAUGUUUGUCCCUGGGAAGAUGGAAACCAUGGAAAUGAGCUGCCCAAUUUAACCAAUGCUUUGCCUCAGGGUGCAAAUGCCAACCAAGAUUCAUCGAGCAGGCCGCAUCGGACAGUGUUCACACGGGCCAUUGAGGCAUGCGAUCUCCACUGGCAGGAUAGCCACUUACAGCACAUUAUCAGCAGCGACUUAUACACCAACUACUGUUACCAUGACGACACUGAAAACUCCCUUUUUGACUCUCACGGGUGGCCCCUCUGGCAUGAACAUGUUCCUACAGCCUGUGCAAGAGUAGAUGCUUUAAGGUCUCAUGGAUACCCAAGAGAAGCACUGAGGCUAGCAAUAGCAAUUGUUAAUACGCUAAGACGACAGCAACAGAAACAGCUGGAAAUGUUCCGAACUCAGAAGAAAGAGCUGCUCCACAAAGGAAUAACAUCAAUAACCAAUCUAGAAGGUUGGGUUGGUCACCCAUUGGAUCCCAUUGGUACCCUCUUCAGUAGCCUUAUGGAAGCCUGCAGAGUAGAUGAUGAAAGCUACCCUGGCUUCUCAGAUUUUGCAGAGAAUAUGGGGCAGGGCAAGUCUCUGGAGUACCAGCACCUGCCCACACACAAGUUCUUGGAAGAAGGGGAAUCAUAUUUAACGCUGGCUGUGGAAGUGGCACUAAUAGGGCUGGGGCAGCAGCGGAUCAUGCCAGAUGGAUUGUAUACACAAGAGAAGGUUUGCCGAAAUGAGGAACAGCUCAUUUCCAAGCUACAAGAAAUCGAAUUGGAUGAUACAUUAGUGAAAAUUUUUCGCAAGCAAGCAGUCUUCCUAUUAGAAGCUGGACCAUAUAGCGGUUUAGGAGAAAUCAUCCAUCGAGAGAGCGUUCCAAUGCAUACAUUUGCCAAGUAUCUCUUCACCUCUCUCCUACCUCAUGAUGCUGAACUGGCAUAUAAAAUUGCACUGAGAGCAAUGCGAUUACUAGUAUUGGAAUCUACUGCUCCAACAGGAGAUAUGUCCCGCCCACACCACAUUGCAUCAGUUGUUCCAAACCGGUAUCCCCGCUGGUUUACCCUAAGCCACAUUGAGUCCCAGCAGUGUGAGUUGGCAUCGACUAUGCUAACAGCAGCCAAAGGCGAUGUUCGGAGGCUUGAAACAGUAUUAGAAUCCAUCCAGAAAAACAUUCACUCCUCAUCACACAUUUUUAAGCUUGCCCAAGAUGCAUUUAAGAUAGCAACUCUCAUGGACAGUUUGCCAGACAUCACUCUUUUGAAAGUGUCUCUGGAGCUGGGCCUUCAGGUCAUGCGAAUGACACUGUCGACUUUAAAUUGGAGACGGCGGGAAAUGGUGAGGUGGUUGGUAACGUGUGCAACUGAAGUGGGUGUCUAUGCACUGGACAGUAUCAUGCAGAGCUGGUUUACGCUCUUCACCCCCACAGAGGCCACUAGUAUUGUCGCCACGACGGUGAUGUCCAACAGCACCAUCGUCCGUCUGCAUCUGGACUGCCACCAGCAGGAGAAACUGGCCGGCAGUGCUAGGACGCUUGCUCUUCAGUGUGCCAUGAAGGAUCCUCAAAACUGCGCCCUCUCUGCACUGACCUUGUGUGAAAAGGAUCACAUAGCUUUUGAGACCGCUUACCAAAUUGUUCUCGAUGCUGCUACCACCGGCAUGAGCUACACGCAGCUUUUCACCAUAGCCCGGUACAUGGAGCACCGCGGCUACCCCAUGAGGGCCUACAAGCUGGCCACUCUGGCCAUGACGCAUCUCAACCUGAGCUACAAUCAGGACACACACCCUGCCAUUAAUGACGUUUUGUGGGCAUGCGCGCUCAGCCACUCCCUCGGGAAAAAUGAGCUAGCGGCUAUAAUACCUCUGGUGGUCAAAAGUGUCAAAUGCGCCACGGUACUCUCGGACAUCUUGCGCAGGUGCACUUUGACCACUCCCGGGAUGGUGGGACUUCAUGGAAGGAGGAACUCUGGGAAGCUCAUGUCACUGGACAAAGCCCCUCUGAGGCAGCUCCUGGACGCCACGAUCGGAGCCUACAUUAACACGACACAUUCACGACUCACACACAUCAGUCCUCGGCACUACAGUGAGUUUAUCGAGUUCCUCAGCAAGGCCCGAGAGACCUUCUUAAUGGCUCAUGAUGGACACAUUCAGUUUACACAGUUUAUUGACAACCUAAAACAAAUCUACAAAGGCAAAAAGAAACUGAUGAUGUUGGUUCGCGAGCGGUUCGGUUGAUAGAAUGCGUGUGAGUGGGGGCGGGGAGGGGAGGGGGGUGGUUUGUUUUUACUUGAGCCUGCCUUUGUAUCCUUUUUAACUUAAAGAAACAGAGCCACACCGGUAUUAUAUGUGUAUAGUUAUAUUGAGUUUGCAAACUAAAUUGUCAUGUUGUGAAAGUUUGUGUGUUUUCAAUUUUUUUUCCUUUUUUUUUUUCGGUUUUGUAUGAGAGAGAGGUUAAAAAAAAGGUUUGGUUUACACUGAGUAUAUGUUGUCAAGUGGCAAAAGUCCACACAGCUCUCCUGUUUUCUGUAUCCGUUCACAGCCUCAAAAAAUGAUUGCAAUGGCUUUAAAAACCAAACAAAACACCUCCAUCCUGUGAUAAGUACCUCGAAUGGAUUCAGCUUUACUCCUUUGUAACUCAUCUUUACAUUUCAGCAUAUUUAAACCAACCAACACAAUGAAAUCCUAAUAGUAAAAAAAAAAAGGCUGACCACGUGGCUUUGCAGUGCUGUUCAUCCGGAAGCAUGGCACCCAGUGCUUGUGCAUGUGGAAACUUAGCGACUGUCAACAUACAUUCUCAGGGAUUUAUCAAAAAAAAUUAAAAAAAAAAAAAGAAUGAGAGCAUUUAUUGUACUGUAUAUAUAUUAUAGUAUAUGUCUGAAUAUUGAAAAAAAUAUAACAUUAACUAAUUUAUAAAAAUAUUCUAUGUAAUGCAAAAUACUUGAAGCUGCAGUAGCUUGGUUUUAAACAAACAAACAAAAAAAGAC